UUAGUCUAUUACGCUUCGUCUUCGAUUCAGUUCAGCGCCUCUCUCUCUCUCUCUCUGUAUCGGCUCUUGUUCGAUUUUGCAUCUCUCAGGUUGUUUAGUCCUCGAUCUCAAAAGCAGUCUCACUUCCAUGUCGGCGCUUGUGGCGUUAUGCAGAGCUCGAGCUACUACUGCUUCGUCUUCUUUAUUCAACAGCGUUAUUCGUCCAGCAUUUCGCAGUUUCUCUACAGGUUUUGCUGAUGCACAGAACAAAUCAUUGGUGGCGCAGAUGAAAGAAGAGAUGCUCCACAUGGACAUCAACUCAAUGGUGGGAAGUUCUAUGCCACUAGGUAUGAUGCGUAUCGGAACAAUCAUCCACAACAUCGAGAUGAACCCAGGGCAAGGCGCCAAGAUGGUCCGAGCUGCAGGAACCAACGCCAAGAUCCUAAAGGAGCCUGCUUCAGGGAAAUGCUUGAUAAAGCUUCCAUCAGGGAACACCAAGUGGAUCAACGCCAGGUGCCGUGCUACGAUUGGCACAGUAUCAAACCCGUCUCACGGAACGAAGAAGCUUAGGAAAGCAGGACAGAGUAGGUGGUUGGGGAUAAGGCCCAAAGUCAGAGGAGUGGCGAUGAACCCGUGUGAUCACCCACACGGUGGAGGUGAAGGAAAAAGCAAAAGUAGUGGAAGCCGAGGAAGGACAUCAACAAGUCCGUGGGGGAAACCGUGUAAAGGCGGGUACAAAUCCGCUAGUGUCAAGAAGAAGAAGAAGCGUUUGGCAGCUGCAGCAGCAAAAAUGUGAUAUGGUGGAUGAAGAAGAAGACUAGUUACAAUUUCUUCAAAUUCUUCUUUCUUGAAAUAAUCUAUCAGGGUUUAUUGACUCUGCUUUUGAGAGUUGGUUUUUAGUGUAUUCAUGAUUUUUCUUACACAGAGGGGUGAACACCACAAACUUUUUUAAAUCGAAAUCAAACGUUCUUUUAAUCA